CACUGCCUACACCGCCGAAGCCACCGACUACGACGUGCGGGUCCUCCUGCGGUUUCCUCAACGGGUGAAGAACCAGGGCACAGCUGACUUUCUGCCCAGCCGGCCCCGGCACAGCUGGGAGUGGCACAGCUGCCACCAGCACUACCACAGCAUGGAUGAGUUCAGCCACUAUGACCUGCUGGAUGCUACCACAGGGAGGAAGGUGGCCGAGGGCCACAAGGCCAGUUUCUGCUUGGAGGACACCACCUGCGAUUUUGGCAACCUAAAGCGUUAUGCCUGCACAGCCCACACCCAGGGCUUGAGCCCGGGCUGCUACGACACCUACAAUGCUGACAUCGACUGCCAGUGGAUUGAUAUCACGGAUGUACAGCCGGGGAAUUAUGUCUUAAAGGUUCAAGUGAACCCCAAAUACAUUGUCCUGGAGUCGGACUUCACCAACAACGUGGUGAGGUGCAACAUCCAUUACACCGGACGCUAUGUUUCCACAACAAACUGCAAGAUUUCCCAGUAA